CGCAGGUUCAGGGGUACGGACUAGUCCACUCAAUCCCUUAUUCCCUCUGUCACUGUGUGUGUUUGUAAUUGUAUCCCCAAGGCUGAGGGUGAGUCUUUUUGUGUUGUUUUGAGGGAAGCAAAAAUGAAUAUCGCCAUGAAAGCUGCGUGGAUAAGCUCAAAACCUAACAACUCCAUUUAUGUGAAGGCUGCCCUAUUUCAUUCCACUCCUGUCUUGGAUCGUAGACGACGCAAUUACUGGGAUGCUAGGAACAACUAUUAUUCUAAAAGGUUCAGAAAGUUGCAUGCAAAACAAUCAUUGCUGCGCAGUGUCAGUGACUAUGCAGACUUCAUGUUUCAGAGCUGGAAGGAUGAGUAUGAUGAGGAUGACCCAUCUUCAAGUAGAGGCACCUCAUGGUUUAGAAAGCAAUACUCAGCCAAGGGCUCCAGAAGGGAAAGAGCUGGCAGUCAAGGAUCUCGGUACUGGACCAGAAGAGGUUUCCAGGUUUGUGAAGAUGAUGAUGUUGAUAUGGAGACCAUCUUCCGUUCCGCAUUUGGUGGGAAUCGAUUCUAUUAUUGGUCAUUUAUUAAUGAAGAGAAUCCUCAAUGGAGAAGCUCAUCAAACUACAAUGGGAGGUCUUGGAAUUGGAGACGUCGGAUUGACGAAGAAUAUGAAUCUUCAUCUGAGUAUGACAGUUCAGAGUCUUCGGAUACAAGAUCAGAUAGAAUGGCCCUUGGCUUGAAUGCUUCUGGUCCUUUAACACUUGAAGAUGUUAAAAAUGCAUAUAGAACCUGUGCUCUAAAAUGGCACCCUGAUCGUCAUCAUGGCUCUUCCAAGACUGUUGCAGAGGAGAAGUUCAAGCUGUGCAGUGCUGCAUAUCAAUCAUUAUGUGAUAAGCUGGUAGCUGAUUAAGAAUGCCGCCCAAAACCCUGCAAGUCGGAAUCUUAUAGUGUUCGACUUGCUUGGUGCUUAUUUAUUUUUUCAUACUAGUUCUUUUUUUUUUUUUUUUUCUUUUUUCUUUUUUGGGGUUAAGGUAGUUUUACAUAUUAGUUGAAUGUAACAUAUUCAUAAAAAUUGUAUCAAAUUUGUAGUUUGAGAAUUUUGAGAAGUUUGAGAAUUUUGAGAAACCAUGAAUUUGUCACUGUGGUUUUUCAACAAAGGCAAUUUCCACAAUACUUAUCCAUUUUGCAUUAUUGGAUGAGUGGGAGGAUAUGAUGUAUUGCUUCUGAUUUAUUAACUAGUAAGUGAAACACAACCAUUCUUUAUCCAACCUCUA